GCUGACCCAAGGCGGUGCUGCAGGCUAGCUCUCUCCUGCAGCGAGCGAGCAAGCAGAAGUGAAAAGGCAAGAAGGACCUUGGUGUCCAGGGCAGCUCGCUGAGGCCAUGAGCAUCUCAGGCUCCUUCCAUCAACCCUCGGACCCAGGGCACAACUCUCUUGCAAUGCAGAAAGAUAGAACUCCCAUCUGACCUCCAUCCCCCCGACGAAGACCCCAGUUUGCCCCCAUUUCCUCUGGGAGAGUCUGGCCCCAGGCCCAUGACUUCAGGCAACCUUCCCUCUCCAGCCUGGUCCCUAGAGGAAGAGGAGGCUGAGGACGGUGGCCAUGGAAAGCCCGAGGAACUGUGCAGUGGAGAGCAUCCAAGGCAGUUUUUCACAGAGGCACAGAGGCUGCGGGAGCAGAGUUUACUGCUGGAUGAAGAGGUGUCCGUUGCCGGGCGAGUAUACAGGGUGCAUCGGGUAAUCUUGGCAGCAGUGAGCAGCCUCUUCCGAGACAGGCUGCUGAACAGCAGAGGCCCGAGAACCCCCAUCAGCCUCAACGUGGCCCCCAGGGGCUGGGAGGCUGUGCUGACCUUUGCUUAUGAGGGGGUGCUGGGUUCUGCCCCUUGGAGAGAUGUGCUGGCUGCUGCUGAGGCCCUGGGUGCUCCCCGGGUGAAGGCUGUGGUCCAGCAGAGGUGUGAGGUCCUUGGCAGCUCCCAGGAAGAUGCAGAGCAGCCCAAUGGGGCAGAGGAGCUGAGGCGGAACCUGCGAAGUAUUGAGGUCCUGUACCAGCAGGGUAUCGGGUGUGACCUGGAGCUAGAGGCAGACGGCUGCCGGCUGUGGGUGCACAGAGCAGCCCUGGCCUGUGGCAGUGAGUUCUUCGGGGCCAUGCUGCUGAGUGGCAUGAGGGAAUCUCAGGGUACCAAGGUGUCUCUGCACACCAUCUCUGCCCAGGACCUACGCCUCCUCGUCUCCUAUGCCUACUCCGGGGUUGUACAAGCCAGGUGGCCAGGACUACUGAGAGCUGCCCAGGUGGCUUUGCAGUACCAGAGCUCGUCCUGCUUGGCUCUCUGUCAGAGGGCACUGGCUCAGGGCCUCAGCCCUACGCGCUGCCUGGCCCUGUUCUCCAUGGCUGAAGCCCCUGGGCUGGAGCAGCUCUGGAGCAGAGCCCGUCACUACCUCCUCACCCACCUGCCUGCUGUGGCCUCCUGCCCUGCCUUCCCGUCCUUCCCUGCCACCUGCCUGGCCGAGCUCCUGGAUAGCGAUGAACUUCAUGUGCAGGAGGAGUUUGAGGCCUUCAUGGCUGCGCGCUGCUGGCUCGCUGCCAACCCAGCGACGCAGGUGUCUGAGGCCAAGGCCUUGCUUGGCUGUGUCCGCUUUGGCCGCAUGUCCACCAGGGAGCUGCGGAGGGUGCAUGCCGUGGGUUUGCCCACCCCACUGCCCCCAGACUUGCUGCAGCAGCUGCUGGUGGAGGCCGAGGUUCCUGGUCCCGAGAGGCGCAGGGAGCCUGACCAGGCCCUGGUGGUGAUCGGCGGAGAUGGGCUCAGAUCCGACAUGGCUGUGAGGCAGCCAUCAGGGAAAGUGUGGUGGGCACGGGCCUUCUGCUGCGGCAUCGGCCUGGUGCGGACUGUGGAGUGGGGGUGCCUGCCCCCCCUGCCUGCCCCAGGCCGCUUCCGGCAUGGGGCUGCCAGCCUCACGGGCAAGGAGCUCUAUGUGUGUGGAGGACAGGAUUUCUACAGCAACUCCAGCACCCUGGCCUCAACGUUCAGGUGGGAUCCCAGCCAGGAGGACUGGGAGGAGGUGGCGCCUUUGUGCCAGGCUCGGUGUUUCUUCCCCUUGGUAGCACUGGAUGGACUGCUUUAUGCCCUGGGGGGACGAGACAAUGGCAUCGCCCUCGACUCUGUGGAGGUCUAUGACCCAGAGCUCAAUGUCUGGAGAGAGGCACCUGCACUCCCAGAACCGUGUUUUGCCCAUGCCGCUGCCAUCUUGGAGGGACAGUUGUACCUGAGUGGUGGCUGCAGUGGAACUGACGAGAUCCUGGACACGCUGCUGCACUAUAACCCCAACCUGGAGAAACCAAGGGCCCUUCUGAGCCCCAUGGGGGUACCUCGAGCUGCUCACGUCAUGGCGGCACUGGGUGGGCGGCUGUAUGUAGCAGGUGGCCUGGGUAAAUUUGGGGACCUGCUGAGCUUCGAAGUCUAUGAACCAAGGACUGAUAGCUGGACUCGCCUGGCACCCCUGCCGUCCCCUCAUGUGGGGGCUGCCGUUGCCAUUCUGCAAGGGGAGUUGUUUGUGCUGGGAGGCUACAGUCACCGAACUUAUGCCCUCUCCCAUCUUAUCCAUGCCUACUCUCCUGGCCUGGGCCGAUGGCUCUGCCUAGGAACUCUGCCAAGGCCUCGGGCUGAGAUGCCUGCCUGCAUCCUGCAUCCUGCAGCUUUAGUCACCACCCAGCAUGCAACCAAACCUGCAGGGUGAGG